AUAAUCGCUGAACUCAUCACUUCAAAUUGCAGACCGUUCUUUGUGAUAGUGGUGGGGGAACCUACCUCUAGCCAUCCCCACUACUGUGACCGGGGAUGACCGCUUUCUACCUGAGGCGGUUGGACCCAGACCCCGUCAGUUGCCCGUUUGUCAGUAUCCAGGUGACAGUGGUUGAGUAGCGUUCUCGUUUUAAAGAAAGUGUACGCUUUAAAGAUAUCUUGUUAUUUUAAGAGUGUAGUUUUUACAGUGUUUUUAUAGAAUUAUAAGGCAGUGUGUCAUCAUGGGCCGACGCAAGAGUAACAGAAAGCCUCCUCCAAAAAGAAAGGCGGUUGUGCCCUUGCCAGUAGAGUUCAACUGCCCAUUCUGCAAUCACGAGGGAUCGUGUGAUGUGACGAUGGAUAGAGGACGUAGAUCUGGGAGGAUAGCGUGUCGAGUUUGUUUCGAGGACUUCCAGACAACCAUCCACUUCUUGACAGAGCCUAUUGACGUCUACAAUGAUUGGAUAGACGCGUGUGAGACUGCCAACUGAAUCCCCACUGCGUAUGCAUUGCGGUUCUGGUUGGUGACUGAAGAAUAAAAAUUAUCAAUAAGGGCAGUUUUGUAUCUUUUUUAUUAAUAAAAUAUUGUAUGUAUCGUAUAGUUAUGGCUUGAUACGGACAAAAUUGUAUUCACAUUUAUAUUGCAUAGAUUAAUUUGUAAAUAUAUUUUAUGUUAUACGCAUGUGCUUGUAUGAACUUUUUAUUUUGUAUCUACCUUAUUCCCUUUAAAUAUUUGAAAUAUGAAUUUACAACGAUUUCCUUAAUUGAGAAAUUGUAGAAGCUCCCUUAUAAACCAAUCUUUAAAUGUAAGCAUCCAGCAGUAAACAUUGGAGAAGAAGCAGGAAAUUCCCGUACAGGACCAAUAUUUUCGGAAUCCUACAACUGUCUUCGCCGUGACACCCUGCCGGCAGGCAAUAAGUCAAUAAUGUUUUUGCGGCUUAUAAUACAAGGGACGGCGCUAACUAGCGAGUCCGAGAAAUGUCAAACGGUUGAUCCUCAAGGGUAUCCGUGCAGGAGGUGUCCAUUGUCCAGCCCAGACAUAGCGGUACCCCGGUCGACGGUCGCAUGACUACCUGACGCCAUCCACCUUAACAUUUGCUUUACCCCUUUACCAAAGACAUUUCUGUUUAGCGACCUACCACCUCUCUUGAAUAACUUCUAUUCACCACUGUUCAGUUUAUACUAAGGUCCAGAAAAGUGGCAUUACCUGAAUAAUAUGAGCGUAUAAUUUUGUAGUUAGUGUAAAUCUAUGCAACGGCUACAUAUAUUACAUAAAUGGUGAAAUUCUAUAUGAAAACUUGAGCAAUAUAUUUCAAUAUUAAUAUUUCAAAGAGUUAAAGGACUGUAUCUAAAAAAUAAUAAUUUAUGUAAUAUCUUACAAGGGGCUGUUUAUAAUAUUACUUGAAAAAAAGCAAUGUGAAAAUCCA